AUGCCCCCUCCUUACAUUGGGUUGAAGGUAGAGGAGAUGAGGCCUGUAGGGGACCAGCUCAGCCUAGAAGGGAUUCCCCACUGGCCCCUUGCGGAGACCGAUCGCUCAGCGGCUGCCAAACUUCGCGUCUCUCUCUUGAAUGCCAACGAGUGUUUGAUAAGGAGUCUCACUGGGACCCCUCCCAACUCCCCAGGUGAAUCAAGGAACCCUUGGGUCACAGCUCCAGUGGCCCCUGGAGAGGUAGUAGAGACUACAGGCGGGGUGUGCAAGUUUCCAGGGCAGCGACUGAGCUGGUGGCAGGCCCAAGAGUCUUGCGAGCAGCGGUUUGGCCACCUAACACAGCAGCACCCAGAUGAGGUCUUCGCGCGACGGCUGCCCGACCCCAUCUGGGUGGGCCAAAGACAAGCCCCUCUGCGAAGACCCCCACAGAGGCCACCGGGCACGGGCCUGUGGCCACCCCCGGGCGGCCUGCUCUUCCGCUGGGACCUGGGCGCCCUGGACGUCACGCCCUCACUGCUCCCGCCGGUGCGGGUGCGGCUCCUCUGUCCGGUGCCCUCAGAGGAGUGCCCUGCGUGGGACCCAGGACCCCGCACGGAGGGCUCUUUGCUCUGCCUGCAGCCACUGCCAUUCCUCUGCUGCUACCGGACAGAGACCUACCAGCGGCUGCAGGAUGCCCAGUCAUGGCCUGGCCAGGAUGUUAUCAGCCACAUCAAUGCCUUAGCCAAGGCCAUUGUGCUCCUCCCUGACCCUCUGUCUGAAGCCCACGGAGACCUGUCCCCGGCCGAGGCCUCCAGCUUCCUGAGUAUUCUGGAGAGAGUCCUGGCAAAGGAGGCAGCUCCACUGGGACCAGCUGCGCUGCUGGCUGUCGUGCAGUUCCUGAAAAGAGUGACAGCCCUCGGGGCGUGGGAGCCAGAGCCCAUGACAGGGCCCUGGGAGCAGCUGGGCCGGGCCGUCCUGUCUGUGGCCAGCCUGGUCCUAGAGGAGCAGCUGGCUGGUGCGUGGCUGUCAGUCAGCGAGGUGGUUGGAGGACCCAUGGCCCUGGUGGCAAGCGUGCAGCGCCUGGCACCCCUGCUGAGCACUGUGCUGACCACUGAGCGGCCGCGAAUGCACGUCCAGCACCGCCACGCUGGCCUCUCUGGAGUCACCGUGAUCCACUGUUGGUUCAGCUCCAGUGUCUUCCAGCACACCCGGGGGGCCCCGGGCCAAGAACCUCAGACUCCUGACAGCUCUGAAGAGGCGAGCAGGAUGCAGAGGUUCCUAAGCACCCAGGUGGGGUCAGCCAUCAUCUCCUCUGAGGUGUGGGAUGAGACGGGGGAGGCCAGCACGGCUGUGACCUUCCACCUCCAACACCAGGUACUCGAGCCCCCCUGUUCCGUACUCACCCCAAGCCCAGACUCAGGGGGCUCCUGGGCCACCACUGGCUGCUCCGUGACUGCCCUGUAUCAGGACUCGACCGCCUGCUUCUGCAACCACAGCACCAACUUUGCCGUCCUGUUGCAGGUGUACGACGUCCAGAGGGGCCCCGAGGAGGAGUCACUGCUGAGGACGCUCUCGUUCGUGGGCUGUGGUGUGUCCUUCUGUGCCCUCGCCACCACCUUCUUGCUCCUCCUGGUGGCCGGGGUCCCCAAGUCAGAGCGAGCCACCAUCCACAAGAACCUUACCUUCUCCCUGGCCUCCGCCGAGGGUGUCCUCAUGGCCAGCGAGUGGGCAAAGGCCAGCGAGGUGGCGUGUGUGGCUGUCACUGCAGUGAUGCACCUGCUCUUCUUGGCCGCCUUCUCCUGGAUGCUAGUGGAGGGGCUGCUGCUGUGGAGCAAGGUGGUGGCGGUGAGCAUGCGCCCGGGCCCCAGGCUGACGCUGUACUACGCCACAGGCUGGGGUGUGCCCGUGGCCAUCGUGGCCAUCACCCUGGCCAUGUGUCCCCAUGACUACGUGGCCGCAGGGCACUGCUGGCUCAAUGUGCGUACAGACACCAUCUGGGCAUUUGUGGGGCCCGUGCUCUUCGUGCUGACUGCCAACACCUGCAUCCUGGUCCGUGUGGUGAUGGUCACUGUGUCCAGCGCCCGCCGUCGGGCCCGCAUGCUGAGCCCACAGCCCUGCCUGCAGCAGCAGAUCAGGAUCCAGAUGUGGGCCACAGUGAAGCCGGUGCUGGUCCUGCUGCCUGUCCUGGGCCUGACCUGGCUGGUCGGCGUGCUGGUGCACCUCAGCCCUGCCUGGGCCUACGCCGCCGUGGGCCUCAAUUCCUUCCAGGGGCCGUACAUCUUCCUGGUCUAUGCCGCCUACAACGGGGAGGUCCGGAGUGCCCUGCAGAGGAUGACUGAGAAGAAGGCAGCAGAGACACUCACGGCUCACUCCAGUCCAGCGGUCCCAGGAUUCCACCCUAGGCGCUCAGGUCCCUGGGAGGUGGCCCAGGACAACCCUGUAGUCUUGGCUCCACCCCGAAGACACCUGGCUCUUAGAGGGACCCAUGGCCCCAGAAUUCCCACAAGCUUCUCCUCCAUCGCAGAACCUGAGAGAACGGCCGUGGAGCUGACAGCAUUCAAGGCUUCAGGUUUCUAGAGGGAGUGCACAGGAACUUUCCUCCAAGCUCUGCCUGGGGACCCCUGAGAGGCCCAGCUGGGGGCCUCUGAUGGACAGACCACAGCAUCUUGACCACCACCCACCGCCAGUGGUCUCAGCCUCUCCCUCCUUCUAGUGGGGCCCCUGGUGCUCCUGCCAGGUGCACAGCUCUGUCCCCAGUUGUCUGUCUGUGACAGUCCUUCCCCUCUGCCCCGCUCCUGCCCUGAAGUUGGCAGCUCUGUGGUG